UCUCUACAAACCUUGUCAAUUUAGGAGUCAAAUGACUGCCAUAACCAUCCAGAACAAGCAGUCGAUGACUUCCAAUUGUGCGCUUAGUUGUAUAAAAAAUAAAGCACUUUUAAAGCCACUAGAGAGUUAUCUGAUUAGUGGUCCACCCAUUCGCGCUUAAUUCAAUCCUCCAGUCACCUGGGAGACCUAGUUCUUCGAACCAUCCCUGGAUAUAAACCUUCCCUUUAAAGAUUAUGCAUGGUGGAACAAUAUAUCCCUUUAACCUAAUACAUUUAAUCGCGGUGACCCAUUCGCGCUGGCCUGGCUAAAUAAGGUAAGGCUUUCCAGGCAUCUUAGCCCUUGUAACAACCCGCGAGGUUAUAAUUAGGCCCAUAGCAAAGCCAGUUUUAUUAAAGUUAUAGAUAUCUUUAUCCUGUAUGCCGUGCUUAUUGCGCAAGGCCUCUAGGGUCUUAAACCACUGCUUUAUAACCUUAGGAUCCUCGCAGAGGGCGCGCUGAUAGUUGUACUUGCGCGUGAAUUGACUUUUAAUGCUUUCAUGGCGCUGAAUAAAGGUGGUGGCCCAGUUUUUCCCAAGCGGCUUUGGGGGGGUUGUUGAUUCUGCUUGUAGGAGAAGAUAUGCCAUUUGCUGCACAUGCGAGACCCUAGGAGCGACUCCUCGUUGAUCUCUAGAUAAUAUCCAUUCAGCUAAUGCCUCUUCCUAAGUUUUAGAUAGUCGGAAUGAGUGGUUGCGAUGUUCUGCCUUAAAUUGAUGUCCCUUCAUGCGAUCGCGGAGUGUUGAGUAAGGUAUCUUAAAAACCUCUGUAGCUUGACGAAUACUCGAUAUUUCGCGCUUUUUUAAGGCUUGUAUUGCAAGUUGAAUCCUCCCCUCUUGCUCAGCUAAAUUUCGACGAGGUUGACGCGGUUUUCGUGGCAUGGUUGGUGAUUGAAUAAUUACGCGUUGAACUGGCGAUGAUUUUUUGGUGGGUGAUCGGAUCGACCGGGAAUUACGUUAGCAGGUCCUCGCCCAGCCUACUAAUCUUGAUGAGGUCCUAAGCCAUUUCCUCUAGUGGAAGAAUCAAAUAUGAGCUCCAGGCAAGCCUAAAGAGCGCAAGUGAAGAAUGGUUCUGAAGUUCGUGAUGGGCCAAAGUCUGUUUUUAGCUCAUGCCUGGAACAUUAGCGCCUUCUAAGCCCACGAGCCUUGGCGGGAUCAAUUCCCAUUGAGCUGAGGAGGAUGCAGCUGGUUGCUGCGAGCGCUGAAGGACGAGCGCCUUCAGGGCGACCCUGGGUACGUCUGAUUGGUUUACAGUGGAGCCCCAGCUUCAGCGUGUCCUCAUGCCAAGGAACUAAUGUUCGGAGGGAUUGUCGCAUUGAAACUGCAAAGGCGGGAAAUCUCGGCAGAAAAUUAGACGGGCACAGAAUUGCUGGGCUCGCAUAGGGGCUCCGAUUUAACUAACUAUUCAUUGUGGCUGACUAAACCUGAUACUGUAAAACUGACGAAGUGGUUCUGUACUUAGUGUUCUCUUUCUGAUUGCCCCCGACCAACCACUUUUGGAGAGUUUGUCCAACACUGCUAUGUUCUUCUGUGACGGCCGAAGGUGAUGGCUCGAAGGAUCGGACCGACCAGCUCUAGCUCGGAUAAAGGAUGAUCUACAAUCCAGGACGCCACUCGUCUCCAUCUUUUCCCUACAGCGUAUUGCUAGGGUAGUCGUCGGAGCGGCGGUGUUCCUAGAAGAGCCAGCGUCGUUCCUAGGAACUUAUGACGGUUUCCUGGAGCUUAUUCUCUUUCACGACUUUGAUGAGUAACCCUCAGAUAAACAUAAUCUGAGGCCUCACUUCAGUGACUAUACAAAUAACCCUGUACGUGGUGUAAGGAACAAUAUCCUAUCUACACUCUAAAAGGAAGUCAGGUAGCUAGGUUGAGGCAUCGGAAUAACGGACAAACGUUUGAGCGCUCUAAUGGCCUUUGCACCGAGUCCCGCCUUUGCUGCUCUGCUUUGCUCAUCUAGUUCAUCCGCUUCUUUGCUAAUUAGUGUCUUAUACCUGGUUAGCCAUAUGUCUUUGCAUCAAGCGUAACGAUGUAUAGAAUGAACUCACCACAUCAUCAUGCCAGCGCUGCAACAUUGUGCUCAGAGCAUGAGGAUUAUUGAAGGCUUUUACAGUCGAAUCCAGGUACGUGUCAAAUAGAUUCCACUCUUCCGUGUCAUCAGGUCCAUCACUCUCAUAUGGGGCAAGAGUAACAAGAAGGUUGUUGUACUCAUCGAGAGGCAAUCCGGCUGGCUUCAUCAGCUGCAUAUACUUCGAGGAGCCCGCAUUGCGAAGCAGAGCUAGGAAGUCUGCGUGAACACGUUUCUCUUCUUCGGAUUCAUCACAGACCCCAUCUCGUUUAUCAAUCCAUCUCCCAUGGGUCACUUUCCAUUCGAGGACCAACCGUUCAACCCCGCCCGGUACCAGAUAGUUUCCAUCUAGCACACUACCCGCGUUUAGCCCUCGCAGUUUCCACGUUUGUCGGGUCAAGGGUUGGAUUCGAUCUAGAAAGUCUGCAUGGGUGAAAUCGGCGAGUUUCUCGAAGCAGUGACUUACUGGCUGAUAACCUGGACCAACCACCGUAACUCAUUGCCGGGCUCAUAGCGAGACGUAGUUCUCCAGGCAUGAUAAUCUCGUCGCAAGUGGGAAGUUUACACUUCGCUCCCCCUCUAGAGUCCGGUGCCAUUUCGAUGAAGAAUAACGGCUGCCUCUGGGGAGGAGAAUUGGCCGGAGGAUCACCGGGGUUUGGUCCCAGGCCAAGGUGUUGACGAAGGAGCUUUCUCUCCAUUUCUAGUGUAUCUAGCUUCGCAUUCGGUGGGAUGGACAUGUUGAUGCUCCUGAUGUCUUCUUCGAGAAGAGCUGCUUUGGAAAGGAUGGGAUCUAAUUAUGGUAGAUUAUGUGAUAAGGGAAAAGGGUAAGCCUAGAAAAUAGCAGCACAGGAUAGCUUAUGGAGGAAAGAGCAGAAGAGAAAAAGACGGCUGAAACAGUGGAGCGCUGAGCGACGAUGUUGCGCUGGAUUACUGUAGCGCCUUCAGCGCAACGACCGGUUUCAACUUACGCAUCUCUAUUGGAUAACACCUCACUUCAGCGCUUCAGCACCCUGUCAGGCAGACCUUCAGCCUCAGAAGGCCAACAACAGGAACAAGUCCAUAGCAAGAUUGGCCUCCGCGCCUAUCUCCACUCCAUCAACAAGCCGAUGCGGCUACGGACGCCAGUCAACAUUGAGCAUGAAUACCAACCCAGGGGAUAGUUAUCCACAGGGUUUCCACUACGUACCUCUUACUUCAUCCCACUCUGAUCUUGGUCAGCGGCUUGCUGACGAGCACCUAAACACGUAAAAUGGAACGAGCUUCUAUCUGUGCUUAUAUAGAUUAAAAUAACUCAUCUGACCCCGCGAUACAGUAGUUGCGCUAUCAAUUGGUUUCGCGUGGUCUGAAUCUCGAGAUAAUUGCAGCUUUCUAUCUUCCCACCUUCAUAGCAGCUCGGUCCGGUCGGUCGCCUUCUCCCAGGAUGUCCUGCUUCUGGCGUCGGCUUCUCAGGACGACCCAUCAUCAGCGCCUUUAAGCAUACAGAACAAAAGGCAAACGGCCACCACAGACCCCUAGGCGAGGCUUAAAGGUUGGCCGUAAGAAAUGUGAUCAUGUACAAUAGAGAUACAAGGGAAGAUAUAUUUUUGUAGGUAGCCUGCAUAUCGCUUUUAUUCGCGAGGGGCAGGGGAAAUGAGAUAGCGGAUACGAACCUCAAGAAUAAUACCCAUCCAUCCGGUUGUAAACACUCCUGCUGUUGCUUGCCGGACGAAGUCGCUCUGAGCCCAGAUUUCGCAGUCUGGUGGCUCCAAAGAGAAAGCUGUUCUUUUCCCCCGGUUUCUUUCAAAGGCCACACUUCCUUUGAAAGCUUGUUCAACAUUCUGUUCAACAAUCUGGGCUGGAAAUAAUUAGGCUCAUCAAAUCACCAGCCGAAAUAUAUGAACGAAAGAUUUUGAGCCCCUUAAAGUGCAAUUCUUAAAAUCGAGUGUAUCGCUGUGCGUCACAGUAGGUGACUCAUAGGGCCCCCACUCCUGUCAGGGUCAACGGCAUCGCCCACUUUCUGGGAGAAAUCUCUUCCCUCAAAAUUCUGGUUCCUGUACUGUUUAACUGUACUCCCACCUCAAGGUGGGAGAGACAGCUAAUUUCCUCGUCUACAAAUAUUACCCUCUCUCAUUCUUGCCUUCUCAAGAAUACCGUAGUACAUAACAUACUCAAGGGUUGAACAGCGAAAUGCCGAUGCUAUUGUUUGGACGCUGGGGGCAACCCACCUCUUCACUCUGCCCUCUCCACAAAACUACUCCAAAAAGACCCUGUAAGGGACAAAACCUCACGUUCUCUUUGAACGGUGAUGUAGUUCAACCAAGAGGGUUAGGGGGCGAUGCGUUUCUCUUUAGAUCUGGGUUGAGAAAGCCCACCCAAUAUAGCAUAUUUCACCAUGCCUCGGAAAUCCUCUUGGGUGAAGAAGCGUCACUCGGAAACCGCAAAGGCGACAUCACAGCAGAAAAAUAGGCGGAAGAAUACUAUCUUUAAGAGAGCAGCGGAAUAUAGCCUGGAAUGUAAGGCUGAUACCCUGGUGGCUAUCAAGAUUAGAAAGACUGGCGAGAUAUAUGUCUUUGAUUCAACCGGAGGAACGUGGUUUGGCGCCUUGUCAAGACUAUGCUAUCCUCGCCCAGUUCUAGUGACCAUGGAAGAUGUCUUCCCCGAAAUCUGAUCAAAGCGAUGAUGAUGUCACCGAUAGCGAGAAGUGGGAAGAGCUGGAGGGGUUCGGAGAGGGCGCGCUCUCUUUCUAGGGGCUUCCUAAGACUCAAAUAACUAUUUAACAUGUUAAAUGGGUGAAUCUGGGUGCAUCAUGUUUUCUGGCCUUUUAACCACAAUGGCGGAGCAGCACCUUCUGUCAUAAUCAAUUGCCCCGGAAUUGGCCUUGUUUGGGACUAACUGACGUAAGACAAUUCGCGCGCUCGUCAUUAUUAAGAAACUCAGCAACACUAAAAAGAGAUCCCCGCGAACUCGUACUAUAUUCUAAAAGAAGGUCAUCAUUUUCAGCCAUUCGUGUUGAGCUAUUGACCGCAAGUCUGUCGCUGCUAUCUCAAAUGUCAACUUUAUUUGAAAAGUGUGUGUCCUGUGGAAAAAAAACACCCGGCUCCCUGUUCUGUUCAGACCAGUGUCGUCUUGGCGCUUCGCUGGCUCGAAGUGUGGCACUAAGAGAGCAGUCGAGGAAAAGCAGUUCACCUUCUUUCUUUGUUCCCUCCGGCCCGGUUGGGAAUGGGCUAGAGUCUCUCACCGCGGAAGAGCAUACUGCCCGCUCUGGGAGCCCAAGGGUUGAACUUGCCUAAUAUAAAGAUUCCUUUGCUAGGAGAUCAAAAAAGAGAAACACGUUCUAAGUUCCACCCCUUGCUCCUAUUGCUCGAGUAGCCAGAGGUGCUUGUAGGUCUGUCUGUACAGCAUGCCCCAGUGAAUGCUAGCAGAAAAGAUUUUUGAAUUCAGCUUCUUGUCUUCAAGCUCCGGCCUAUGCUGUCUUCUGCAGACUUUUCUCGAUUUCGUAAAGUUUUGCGUUACCGUAGCCCUCCGCACGUGUUUCGACAAGUGGCUUUCUCCGUUAUUUUCGUCGUUCGGGUACAGGAUAUUCUAGCCAUGACAUGUCCUCAAAUGAUCAUGUCGUCACUGUUCAAAUCGUACAGUCCCGGCCACCAUCGGACCCUCUAGCCUUCGACCUGUCGUGUGGUCGUCCGAAUCAAUUUCGGACACCAGACAUUCUAUGUUCGAGAGCCCCAGCCGCUUCUCCUGCGCUCGUCCCCUGUCCAACAGCGAUGUACUGGGGCCAGCAUCCCUCGUAUCCCUACUCCACGGCUUCCACAAACGAAGGUCCUGGAUACGUUUCACCUUUGGAACCGCGACCCGCCGACGAGAAAGACAAACCGCGGCAGUCUCUCCCUUCCCUUCCAUCCACGAGGCGUUAGGCAAUGUUAACGCCUGCUGUACCCUGGGCCUUUAACAUCAGCCCCUCCUUAACAAUCUCAUUGCGCACCUAUUCCGCAUCACAUCUCCAACUUUGCUGGUCGUCUGGCGCCGAAGGGCCGCCAGUUCCUCCUAAUCCUUUCUUGAAUGGAGUGCCAACCAAUGAGUCGAGGCCGUAUGUAGACGGGUGUAUGGAUAAAUUGAACGGUGGGAUUCCAAGACAUAUUCCGGGAGUCUCCUAGAAUGACUCUUUGAAACACCAUCUCGACGUCUACCAACUUGAAACGUUACUGAAUAAGACUUUUCACGUUACUAUGCGGCAAGAGCACACUCGAGUUGCUUCACGCCUGUAAUGGGUUCUUUCCCCUUGGUUCAGGAGGUGGAAGAGAUGCUGAACACCCACUAAAAAAUAACAAGGCCCUGAUACAUCUAGAAGCAUGGUUCUUAGUCAAGAGCAUGCUUUGGCUAGGCACAUGGCGCAGAGAAAGGUUGUCAAGGUGGGUGGACUUCAAGAUACGACCGCAUGGCGAUGUACCAGGACGAGGAGUAAUAGGGAAUUUGCUGGUCCAGAUUCAGAGAAACAGUGUAGUAAAGCUGCUCCUGCUGGUUGUUGCCAUAGUUUGUAACCGCGCCGAAACCCCGGAAUAGCGUCGUGGCCUAGAUGGCGCACGAGCUCUAUGCAAUUCCUGAGUCCUCUUGGAUAAAGAAGCGUCGCUCUCAAACCACAAAGGCGGCUUCAAAGAAGAAUACUAUCUUUAAGAGAAAAGCGGAAUAUAGCCUGGAAUGCAAAGCUAGGGCGCUUCAACAACAAGGAUGAGCCAAGAAUUUCGUGGUUACACAAGGCGGGCCCAACAAAGGAGGGGUUAGAGCUCGAGAGAGAAGUUCGGAGCUGUCGUUUCAGCCAAUUCUCAACCUCGGAUGCUUUUACAGAAUACACUUAUCUCAAGGGCCACAACAUUGAAUCCCACCAUUGCUUUUGCUGAGAAUAUUGCGAUAUCGUACCUACUUCGCAGUAUACCAGCGCCACCAUCACGUAAUUGCGCUGAUUGCCUACCAGUCUUCCUGGGAUCUAAUUAAAGCGAGAAUGAGAGAAUGCUGAUGGCGACAAGCAGGAAGAAGGCCAAAUCAUUUUAAAUAAAUCUUGCCCAACGAUGCUCUAUUAUGUUCUUACGUGAUCCGCUUGCUCUUAAACACGUAAAGGAAAACGAGCUCCAUCUUUGCUUAAAUUAAAAUAAAAUCGUCUGGACCUUGCAAUAAUUGCGCAAUCAUUUGGUUUCGCGUGGUCUGGAUAAUCGCAACUUUCUAUUUUAUUCGCUGAGAACAUGAAAUGCCGAAAAGGAAGAACAAGUCUCUUAGUGCCAGAGUUCAGCAGGACAGGGUCCCCUACGGCAAAUACUUACUGUUUGGAAAUGUGAUCUGAGAGGUGCUUAUUGCGGGGACUCCGCUCUCUCAUUUUAUAACAGAAUCUGUACCACCUUUUGAACAGAAUGACAGGUUAUCUUUAGCACACCCAGCUUUUUAAAAUAGGUUCACAUAGAGGGCACAAAUCGCGCAGAAGGGCGGCUUGCUGAUUGGUCGGAGGAGGAAGGCGCCUUGGUUACAGGAAACUCUAUUUUACCAGGCGGCAUAAUACAUGACAUGCUUUACCGAGUCAGGAUGUAUUUAGGACGCAAAAACAGCUCAGGAUCAAAUAUUAAAGCCAUUGAUAUCUAACAGGACGCCAUACGUACCAUAUAUUCUCCGCAGAUAAUCUUAUUACAAUCCAGAGUAAUGGAUGACCAUAUCACACAGCGUCUAUCGAUCAUUAUCAAAAAUAAUCUACACCAAGGCGGUACUAUCGCGGUUAGAAACACUUUAGUAACACGUGGCGAACCAUACAACAGAGGCCGGAAGCCAACCCUGAUAGCGCCUGAAGAUCUGAAUAAGUUAGUGAUAUGUCAUGGCGAGGAAGGGACGGCAUCAUUCUGUGGAAGUGCAGUCUACGGCUUGGGAGUCGAAGGCAGCUUGGAUUUAUACCAUGGAGACGCUCGAAUAGCAUCAUUGCACUGGAAUGGUCCCUGGGCCCGGACUGGAAAUCAGUUUGAGGCAACAAACGUCAACAGUGCAAAGUAUCUAGUCAAUAUUUCUGGUAUCCCUAGCUACGGGAUUCUAGGAGACGUCUCCGUUAUUGUAACAGAGGUUGCUUGUUAGAUCGUGAUAGUAAAUGACAAGGAUCGACGCUCUGCAAUAAUAAAGAAUAAAAGCACUUUAUUUUCUGCAAUA